UAGACCACCGGAGCGAUCGCAGCUUACCUGGAAAAUGAAGAUGCAUGAAGGCUUUACGGUUGUGAUAGCGGGGUUAGCAAUCCUUCUUUUUCCGUCAAUAUCUAGAGCCGGUGAUGCUUUGAUGGGGAAUAAUGCGUCGGAAGCAACUCACGUAGUGGUGGACCAGUCGGGGAAUGGAGAUUUUAGGAGGAUACAGGACGCGAUCGAUGCCAUUCCUUCCAGCAACUCUCAACAGGUCUUCAUAUCAAUCAAGCCCGGGACAUACAGAGAGAAGAUAGUUGUGCCAGAGAACAAGCCCUUCAUUACAUUAAGCGGCACGAAAUCUUCGAAUACCAUAAUCACAUGGAGCGACGGCAGCGGAGAUAUAUUCAACUCCCCCACGGUUUCGAUCUUGGCUUCUGGUUUCGUUGGAAGAGAUCUCACUAUUCAGAACACGUUCGGGGUGGGUGAAAGAGCAGUUGCGCUGAGAGUGGCCGGAGACCAGGUGGCGUUCUACAGGUGCCGGAUCCUGUCUUACCAGGACACUCUCCUGGACGACGCCGGACGACACUACUAUAAGAACUGCUACAUUGAGGGCGGGACCGACUUCAUCUGCGGAGACGCGGCUUCACUAUUCGAAAAUUGCCACGUGCACUCGAUUUCACAAGAGAACGGGUCGAUCACGGCGCAGCACAGGCAAUCGGGGACAGAUAACACGGGCUAUGUGUUCCUGGGAUGCAAGAUCACAGGAGUGAAGAGUGCAUUUCUGGGAAGGCCAUGGGGUGAUUAUUCACGGGUUGUGUUUGCUCUCUCUUACUUAUCCCCUGCCAUAUUGCCCCAAGGCUGGGAUGAAUGGAAUGACCAGAAAAAGCACAGCAAUGUGUACUAUGGAGAAUACAAGUGUUCUGGUCCAGGAGCUAACAGGUCGGAGAGAGUUGACUGGUCAAGAAGCUUAUCAGACGGCGAAGCAGCUCCUUUCUUGACAAAGGACUUGAUUGGAGGACAAGACUGGCUGACAAGAAAACCUACUACUCCCUUCGGGAGAGGCUCCCCUUAAUAGACUCUCAUCCAUUUAUGGCAUUCCCUUUAUUGGUCAAAUUACUAGUUAAAGUACUGUAUUUCAAUCUCUUAAUGCCCUUUGACUGGUAUACUCAUACUGCAUAGGUCGCCGAAUUGGAGCUUCGCAUUCUUGAAGAUGUACCAUAAACGAAAAUAGAUAUGUCACUAUUGUGAUUAGAGGAUGACUAUGUACUUUUGCUCUCCGAUCGAGCGCAUUAGACGUGGCCCAUCGAAACCAUUGGAAUUGAUGAGGAUAUUCCAUUUA